ACUGUACAGAAGAACCUGCUGCGAUGGAUUUCCUCUGUUGUUCUGCAUGUUCCAUUCUAAAGGAGGCAGUGUUUCUCUGAUCGAUUCACCUUCAGUCUGUGCAGCCCUUCUCCUCCUGGUCGAUUCUUAUGUGAUCUGCGUGUCUCAUGCAGACAAGAGGACUGAAACACCUGCAGUUCACGUUCUUCCCUUGUUCCCGCGGUACGAGACCUCCAUCUUGUGGCUGGAAAUAAAACAGCCGCACUUGCACGUCACUGUCGCAAAAAACACACGCCUCGUGGCCGCGUCGCUUGACGGCAGAGUGUGAUUUAUGCAGGGUGAGAUGGCUUCAUCGGUGAUAUGCACAGAAACACAGAGCAGGGUGAGCACUGUGCUGAACAGAGAUGUGAAGCAGUUUGGAAAGAAGUUCAUGUUUGACAGUAAUGAAGAGACGUGUUGGAACUCCGACCAGGGUGAAUGUCAGUGGGUGUCUCUGGAGUUCCCGCAGUCUGUCCGGGUGUCUGAGUUAAAGGUCCAGUUCCAGGGAGGCUUCACAGCAAAAACAUGCCGACUAGAAGGUUGCCCAAAAGAUGGAGACAUCACAGUGAUCGGCCAGAUUUACCCAGAAGACAACAACUCCCUUCAGAGCUUUCCCAUACAGGAGGCUCCUGCAGUGGCCAAAGUAAAAAUAAUAUUUGAGAAUAGUGCCGACUUUUUUGGAAGAAUAAUUGUUUACUCCUUGGACAUCCUGGGGGAAAAGGCUUCAUGACCAUUUUUUCAACCCCUUCAUGAGACAGGAAAUGACCCCUGGGUAAAGUACAGGACACGAGAUGGUGUAGUGGCACUUGGGAAACAUGCCAUCUGCACUGCCAACUCCUCAGCUGCCUUUUUUGGAAUGGGUCGCUUUUGGGAAUCCGUCAGGCAAUCGCUCUUCGUCACUCAUAGACCGGAGGCUUGGUGCGGAGUCUGAACCCCAGUUUUAAUUGCAGACUAUGUGGCUCUUGCUGUGACCAUAAGCAUGCUUGUAUUCAUUAGUAAACUGUAUCAAUAUUGUGCCUUUUUACUGAAGCGACAUUCCAGCAGAACAAACGGUAUAAAAAUACAUUUUUAUUAAAA